GUCUGUCCGUCCGUCUGUGGGUCCCUGGCUCCGCCGGCGUGGACGCCUCGAGUCCUCUCCCUGGCCGCGUCCGACUCUCCUGGGGCCGGCGGCCUCUGCAGCCUCCCGCUGCCUGCACGGAGCCGCUCUCCCAGCGCCGGAGGGGGUCGGCCGGCACCCGGACCUGCCCCACGGGGACGCGUGCUGCUCCGGCCCCUGAGGGAUCGGCUUCUGGAGACCCAUGUUGCCUGAGGAGGAAGGCCAGAAGAGGAGGAAGAGGGAAGAGAACGCAGCGGGGAUGGCCCUGACUCAGGGACGGGUGACGUUCGGGGACGUGGCGGUGGAGUUCUCCCAGGAGGAGUGGAAGUGCCUGGACCCCGCUCAGAGGGCCUUGUACAGAGACGUGAUGCUGGAGAAUUACAGGAACCUGCUGUCCCUGGGAGCCUCUCUUCCUGACCUGAGCGUUAUCUCAGUUUUGGAGCAAGGCGAAGUGCCCUGGACUGUGGAGAGCCAUGUGAAGAUGGUGAGAAGCCCAGAUAGGUGGAAAGGUGGCAGUGGUGUGAUGCCAGGUAAGCGCUCACGUGGGCAGAGGACCAGUCCCGUGCUGGAAAAUUCUCUACCAGUGAGCAAGUUCCGGGACAAAACGAGUGUUUCUCCUAAAUGCGCGGUCGGGGAAGGGCGUUCUUCCCAAGUGGACAGCGGUGCAGCAGAAGCAGCCCAGACACUGCGUUUGGAGAGCGGUGAGAGCAAAGACUUUUCCCCCCGAGAAGUCCUUCAGAAUCAACAUGACUUCCAAUUUCAGUGGACUGGUGAUGAAAGAAAUUUGGAAGACUUGUUUGUGACUCCUAAAGAAAGUCUCAUUGCUGGAAGAGGUGAGCGUGGCAGAGGAGAUGAGAGAGACGGUGCUGUGGAACGCUGCCCCGGCCCGGGCUCGCCACCGCCUGCGCCCUCCGGGGGCGACGUCGGAGACUGUGAGGACAUGGCGCGGGCCCUCAGCAGUAUGCCCUUGGUCUCUCCGCCUCAACGAGUUCCUGGUAGUGUGAAAACUCACAUUUCUGAGGACUAUGGGAAUGAUUUUAUCUAUUCAUUACUGACGCAAGAGCAGAAAGCACACAUCAGGGAAAAGCCUUACGCAUGUGAGGAAUGUGGCAAGAUCUUCAGCUACACCUCGUCCCUAGCACAUCACCGGAGAAUUCACACCGGAGAGAAGCCCUACAAGUGCAUCGAGUGUGGGAAGGCUUUCUUCAGGCGUUCUUACCUUCUGGUUCAUGAGAGGCAUCACACUGGAGUGAAACCCUACAAGUGUAAUGACUGUGGCAAAGUCUUCACUCAAAAUUCCCAUCUUAUAAGUCAUCGGAGAAUUCACACUGGAGAAAAACCAUAUAAGUGUGACGAGUGUGGCAAAGCGUUUAGCAUUCGUUCCAAUCUGACUAAUCAUCAGGUUAUCCACACUGGAGAGAAGCCCUACAAGUGUAACGAGUGUGGCAAGGUCUUCAGUCAAACCUCCAGCCUAGCGAUUCACCGGAGGACCCACACUGGAGAGAAACCUUACAAGUGCAACGAGUGUGGCAAAGUCUUCAGUUCACACUCAAACUUAAAUACCCAUCAGAUCAUCCAUCGUGGGGAAAAACCUUACAAGUGUUACGAGUGUGGCAAGGUCUUCACUCAAAAUUCACACCUUGCAAAUCACAGGAGAAUCCACACCGGAGAGAAGCCUUACAAGUGUAACGAGUGUGGCAAGGCCUUCAGCGUGUAUUCAAGCCUAACCACCCACCAGGCCAUCCACACUGGAGAGAAGCCUUACAAAUGCAACGAGUGUGGCAAGGUCUUCACCCAGAACUCACACCUGGCCAGCCAUCGGGGAAUCCACACGGGGGAGAAACCCUACAAAUGUGAGGAGUGUGGCAAAUUCUUCAGCCAGACUUCCAACCUCGCGAGGCACUUGAGGGUUCACACUGGAGAGAAGCCUUACAAGUGUAACGAGUGUGGAAAAUCCUUCAGUGUGCGUUCAAACCUGAUUGCCCAUCAGGUAAUCCACACUGGAGAGAAGCCCUACAAGUGUAACGAGUGUGGCAAGGUCUUCAGUCAAACGUCAAGCCUUGCAAUUCACCGGAGGAUCCACACUGGAGAGAAGCCUUACAGGUGCAACGAGUGUGGCAAGGCCUUCAGUUCACAUUCCAACCUAAACACCCACCAGAUCAUCCAUCGUGCAGAAAAGCCUUAUAAAUGUAACGACUGCGGCAAGGUCUUCACUCAGAAUUCACACCUUGCCAACCACCAGAGAAUCCAUACGGGUGAGAAGCCUUACAAGUGCAAUGUGUGUGGCAAGGCCUUCAGCGUGUACGCGAGCCUGACGACCCACCAGGUGAUUCACAGUGGAGAGAAGCCUUACAAAUGCAACGAGUGUGGCAAGGUCUUCACCCAGAACUCACACCUUUCAAGUCACCGAAGAAUUCACACCGGAGAGAAGCCUUACAAGUGUAAUAAAUGCGGGAAGGCUUUCAGCGUGAGCUCCAGCCUGACUACUCAUCAGUUAGUGCACACUGGAGAGAAACCCUACGCAUGUAGCGAGUGCGGGAAGGUCUUUGGCCGGCGUUCAAAUCUUGCAAGUCAUCGGAGAAUUCACACUGGACUCUCAAAGCCUUAUAAAUGACGGGCAGAGCU